AUAAUAACUAGAAUUGAAUUUGUGGUCCAGAUCUUGGUCAUCGCAGGGACCGAAACGACAUCAAUCGAGCUGACGUGGGCACUCUCUUUGCUAGUGAACAACCGCCAUGUGUUGAAGAAAGCCCAAGCUGAGUUGGACAAGCAAGUGGGCCACAAGAGGGUGGUUCGUCCAUCAGACAUCAGAAAAUUACCUUACCUGAAAGCCAAUGUCAAAGAAACACUGCGCUUGUACCCGGUGGGCCCACUUCUAGUGCCCCACGAGGCGACCGAAGAUUGUACAGUGGGAGGGUUCCACGUCCGACCUGGGACCCACCUCCUGGUGAACGUGUGGAAGAUACAUAGGGACCCACGUGUGUGGUCAGAUCCUCUGGAGUUCCAUCCAGAGAGGUUCCUAGAACGACACAUGGAAGUGGAUGUGUGGGGCCACGAUUUCCAGCUCAUCCCUUUCGGUUCCGGGCGAAGGUCGUGUGUUGGAAGCAUCUUGGCCGUACAAGUAAUGGAACUUGCUUUGGCACGCUUGUUGCAUGGCUUUGAUUGGUCCACACCUUUUGAUGGCCCAGUGGAAGUGAGUGAGGGUUUCGCCUUCAGUCUCCUUAAACUAAAACCUCUACAACUUCUCAUCUCCCCUUAGACUCCCUCCUACACUGUAUGAGUAAGUUGC